GGGAGCGGGACUCGAGUGCCCGGAGGCGGGCCCUCGUCUUCGCGGCCGCUCUCGCACCCUGCGCUCCUGGCUCCAGAGCGCUCAGCCCCUGGGUAUUAAGGUCCGCGCGGGCGCCAGCCGCAGCCGGGGAGGUGGCGGUGGUCCGCACGCGUCCGCUCCUCCAGGCGGCGUCCGGGCCACCCGGGCCGCAGCGCAGUGGGAGCGCGAUCCGGAGACGCCGGGACCCACCCGCCCCUGGGCGGCCCGCCGGGGCGCACCCGAGCCCGCAGGGCUUCCGGCCCGAGGGGAGACGCGUCGGAGGGAUCGCGAGGAGCUAACUUGCCGCCCGCAGCCUCGGGCCUGGGAGAGCCUCUUCGGCGUAUUGGAGCAGUGCCUGCGAUCCCGCAUGAGUCUGUCCCUCCCUCCACAAAAAACCUGCACACUUUCCCAGAAGCCUUUGGCUGCAGCCGCGGAAGAACAGGAGGCCACAGGCUCUUCGGGUCUUGGUUACAGGGUCUCUGGUCCUGCCCGGCCUCCUUCUGCAUCUGCUCCACGACCCAGCCAUCUCCCUCCGGCAGCCCAGAACAAUUGGAAGGAAGCGUUGUCGGGCGAAGGGGGAUGCCUGUUGGAGUUUUCCACUACGUGGUUACUGAGUGAAGGUUUUUUUGCGAAUAAUACGUUGCUAUCACUGGCCUCCGGGUCAUCUCUCCCCUCUCUUCCUUACGGUUCGCAUAAACGAGCUGUUUUCGGCUCUGGGAAAGAAAAGCCCUCCAGCGAUUAUGUGGAUCUAAUUAAGUCAGUCGGGAUACUGGCAGAGAGCGGCACUGGCUGGAGGCGGAGUUUGUUCCGAAGCACUACGGAAGGAUCGCACACGGCCCUUUUCAGCUGUUCGAGCUCGGCCGUUGCCCCGGCCGGCGCCCGGUUACAAACGGAAGCCUGAACUGGGCUGGGGAACUAUGCCCGCAGACUUCUCAUUUUAUUCACAAAACUGGCCAGCCUCGGGGAAGGCUUUGAGGCUAGCGCUAGCCCCGUCCUUCCCACUCCAGACCGAGCUACCGCUCCAAAAUGAGACAGCUGUUAAGCCUUAGCCGGUACAUUUCCUUUCUCCACCCGGAUCUUCCCGCCGCUCAGGAGCGAUCAGCUCCCUUAGCCGGGAGACUCCAGAUCCUGUGACCUGCGGGGGCAGACCUCAGCUGUGUUCCCGUUCGCACGCACAGAAAUGACUGGGGCCCCAGUGUGUGCACCUUCCACUCUGCAGCCCACCUGCCCUCUUCCAGGCACUGGCACAGGGGCAGGUCCCUCCGCCUUAGCGUCCACACGUCUGCCAGGCAAAGUUCGAGAGUAUGAAUUUCCAUCUUCUCUUUCCACUACUCCCGGCCACUGUCCCCUCCCAGCCCCAUCCCCUCCAUCCCGAACCGUGAACUAUGUGGUAGGAGGCUCAAGCACCCUGCGCUCGAGUACUGGCCGCUGCGGCGACCGAAGUGAGCUGCAGAGCCUGUCGGCUGCUGUCUGUGGGAAGAGGGUUGCGACCUCAGGAGAGAGUGAAAACAGCGCCGCUUGAAAGGCACCAGUCCCGAAGAUCCACAGAGUUCAUGGAGUAGUAGAGAAGGCUCCACACUCUUGAGAGCAGAGGUGGACAGGGUCAGUGGGGGACGCUUCCAGGUGUGUGGGGGCGGGAACCUCAGGUCUAAGUGCACUCUUCUGGGCUGAGCCUCUUUCUCUGUCUUCACGUGUCUGCCCUCUGGACAACAGUGGCUCCGUAUGGUGGGCUGCGACCCUGACUGACGGGCCUAUCUUGCGUCCUGUGUCCUGCGUCCUCCAGACUUCACACGUGGUUUUCCCCUCCAGACCUGACGUUUGGUGUCCAACAGUGGACCCAGCAGGACUGCCUGGGAGGCUCAUCAUCCAGGCCCACGACUUUCUCCCAGAGCCUGAAGCCAUGCUACCUGGUCGGGGACUGCAAACCUUCUUGGAGUCAGCAGUGAGACCCUAGCGGGGAAGGAGAAUGUGUAGGGGUGCACCUGGGUUGAGGGUCUGUGACUGUAGCAUGGAAAAGGUGGAGUUCAUGCAGGGAUGGCCCUAUGGGAUAGCCAAGAAUACUUCAGCGGCAGCUUCCUUCCUACCAAUUACACGCGGCCUUCUGACACAGUGGCACUUCAGCGACUGGACGCCCUUCCCAGGCCCUGAAUUGGGGCAGGGCAGGAGGGAAGGUGCAGAACCAUAGGGAUCUAUUUCCCAGGCAGAGUAACUGGCAAGGCCGUAAGUCUUCUCGUGGGCGCAGAAAUGGUGCCGGGUCCCUGUGUCCUCUGGGCAGAUGCAGAGCCGCGUAAGCCUCACAGAAGCGGAGCCAGGGGAACAGCGGGAGCUCUGGCUUGGUGCAGACGCUAGUGAUGGAUUCCUGGGGAACAGCGACCUCUGGAGGAACCUGUCAUCCACGCAAAGGGUCAGGAACUAGAUAGAGGACAAAGUCUGAGACCCAGGACACUUUCCUCACCCUACUCCCAUUCCACCCGCUUGGCAAAGUUAUCCAAAGACUUAAAACCUCCGGUUUUCCCCAACCUGUACCCACGUUUCAAAUCCCUGCUCCAGUCCCGCCUCUUCCAGAAAGAAGCCUUCUGGAGAGCUCAGUUCAUCUUCCCCCUUCCUGCUCUGAGCUCAUUCUCAGGCCAUACUGCACAGCCGACCUGCUUCCUGCUGGAUCUUCUCCAAAACGCCCGUGAAUCCACUCCACCCAUGCUUUGAGUUGCAUACUGGGCAUCCCAUUCCCGCCCCACCACCUCACCUAACCCCCCAGUAAAUAAAGACUGAAGUUAUUCAUUCCAAAA